GUCAAUUUUAAUGCGCAGGCGUGAUUCAUUCAAAUUCCCCAUUUAGAAGGUUCGUCAUUCUAUAAACAGAGCAGAAAGUGAUCAGUCUCCUGUGCUUCUAGCGCAGAGAGGAAGAAGAAGAAGGAAGAUGAAGAAGAUUCAGAAAACAAUGAACUUUCUGCCGUUUCUUCUCAUCUCAGCCUUCUAUUUUCUUCAAUGCCCGGCUUUUGCUGCUCAAAAGUCCUAUGUUGUUUACCUCGGAGCCCAAUCCGACUUUGCAGCAGAAUUCUCUGCUGAUGCUAAUGAAAUCGUGACACAAUCCCACUUUGAGCUCUUGGAAUCAUUCCUUCAGAGCAAGGAGAAGGCCAGGGAUGCAAUCUUCUACUCUUACACAAGAUGCAUCAAUGGCUUCGCAGCAAUCCUGGAGGAGGAAGAUGCUCUGGAGAUCUCAACGUGA